GAAAUCAUUCCCAAGCCUACUACAGCUCAGUACAGCAGUACCACAGCAUCGAAACCAGUGCAAAAGCAACCCAAUCAAAUCUAGCAUCAUGAAGAUUGCCGCAUUUGUUGUCGCUUGCCUGGUGGCCACCAGUGCCGUCUCCUGUGCCCCGACCACCCGCGCCCUGACCGACGAUUUCGAUGACUUCGUGGGACUGUUGCCGCUGAACGAUCUGCUCGACCUGGCCAUGCGCUACCUGCUGACCGAUAAGGAGGUGCAGCAGACUCUGCUCUACCUGCAGGGCGAAGAGUUCUCGGCCGUAUGGGACCAGUUCUUCGAGCUGUCGGCGGUGCGUGAUCUGCUCCAGUACCUCGAGGAAGCGGGUGUACCGGCAUACGAAUCGCUGAAUGUGGUGGCCGACUUCCUGGGCCUGAGCCCGCUCAAGCCGACCAGCGUGCGAAGCCUAUCGCUGGCAGCGCGCACCGGUGGACUGAAUGGACUGCUGGAGGAAGCCCUCGCCAUGAUGCCGGCCGCCGAGCUGGAGGCCAUGUUCGAGGAGAAGAUGAAGUCGAGCACCGAGUUCAAGGCGCUGUUCGAGAAGAUGCAGAACUUCGACCACAAGCAGCUGCGCGCACUGUACGAGAGCUCGACUGAGGUCCAGAACAUGAUCCACAAGCUCGAGAGCCUCGGCGUUGAUGUUGACCAUAUCGUGGAGGUGCUGAAGGAUUUCUUCGGCUGGAACUAAAUCGAACGAACACCAUGGUGGAAUGGCAAUGGAAGCACAUACUGAAUAAAGACUCAUUGAAAUCAUA